AUGGCUGAGCCAUCGCAACAACAGUUUCCCGAAGUACAGGGUGGCGGCAGCCUGAUCAUUGCAUGGCAGGUCAAAGGCAAAACGGUGCUUGUCGUUGGUGGCGGGGAGGUAGCAGCUGGCCGAAUCCUCCACUGCCUCAAUGCCGACGCCAACGUAACCGUCGUCUCCCCCGCAGCGCGCCUGAACCCCGAAGUCGCCUACCGCGUAGCGCAGCGGCAAGUCUCGCACAUCGACCGCAAAUUCGAAACCUCCGACCUCGAAGGCGCUGACAUGGUCCUCGUGGCGGUCGACGACCCUGCCGCGUCAACCGCCAUCUGGAAGCUGUGCAAGGCGCGCCGCAUCCCGGCCAACAUUGCCGAUGUCCCGCCCGAGUGCGAUUUCUACUUUGGCAGUGUGCACCGAGACGGACCGUUGCAGAUCAUGGUGAGCACGAAUGGGAAAGGCCCGAGGUUGGCGAGCAUCAUCCGCAAGUUCAUCGCGAAGCAUUUGCCGUCAAAUGCUGGGAGGGCGAUCGAUACAGUCGGGCAGUUGAGGGUGAGGCUGAGGGAGAUGGCACCGCGGCCGGAGGAAGGGCCGAAAAGAAUGGCGUGGAUGAUGAAAGUUAGCGAUGCAUAUCCGUGGGACGAAAUGUGCGGGUUGACGGAUGAGGACAUUGGAAACCUACUCCGGUUUUACCCUUCGAACAAAGUCCCCUCUUUGGAUACCCUUAAGGACAUGCGCGCCGAUGCAGAGGGAAAAAGAGGGGAAUUUGACGGAUCAUUUGGAUUCAGUGUGGGCUCAUGA